AUGGCUUUUGGAGCUUUCUUCCUAAAUGUGCAUCCAUGCAAGAGCUUGUCGAGAUUGAUGAGGAGAGAGACCCCUUUCCCUCCAUCUCCAAGAACUUCAGUUAUAUCGACUCCUACUUAUCCAAACCCAGAGGCCAGAGCCUCUCUAGUCUCUGCCCUUCUCUUUCUUUCUUCUCUGCCAAAGAAGAAAACCACCCAGGAGCAUGUUCAAGAAUCACGUCUUCCCAAGAUGUUCAAAGCCGUAGCUUUCUUUGGCCGCAAGAAGACCACACGCCCAUUCAAGGACUACUACACCGACUGGUUCAACACGCUCAAGAACACCCUCCUCCCACAACUCCGUCGCUCUAUGUCAUUGUCCUCCUCCACCCUCCUCUCCACCCACGUCGAGAUGAUCCACAACCACUUCCAAACCUACUACGAAACCCUCGACCUCGCCGCCUCCAACGACGUCGCUCAACUCCUCUUCCCCGAGUGGCGCACCACCCUCGAAAAGCCCUUCCUUUGGCUCGGUGAUUUCCACCCUUAUCUCUUCACCAACCUCCUCCGUUCGUUUCUUGACGAUCAAGACACCGAUGAUGAGGAGGAAACUGAGAGUGUGAUUCAAAUUGGCGAAAGUUCGGAGUUUUUUGAUAAGCCUUGGAAUAUUGUGAUGGCAUGGAAGACUCCAUCGAAUACUUUGAUGGCCAAGAUUGACCAGAUUGAAUGUGGGUUGAGGCUUAUGGUGCCAGCACUGGUGGCGCGUGCUAGACAAGUGCAGGCUGAGUUUGUUGAGAGAGUUGGGGUUGAGUGGGGGAAGUGUGAAGGGAGGAAGGAGGGAGUUGAAAUGGCCGUUGGGAAGGCGGUGGUGGCGGAGAUGGAGGAGAUGAUGAGUGUUUUUAUGGAUGCCAAUAGGCUGAGGAGGAGUGUUUUGACAGAGAUUCUGAAUAUUACAAAUGUUUAUCAGGCUGCUCUGUUUCUUGAAGGACUUGCCCAAUUCCUUAUUGGGUUUCGAGAUCAUGCAAUUCUAAGUGAAUUUGAACGAUCCAAAAUGGCUAUCAAUUGA